CAGAGAGAGAGAGGGGGAGGGUCUGAAAAGAGGCUUCGUUGGUUCCAGCCGUUGCGUCCCCCGGAGAUUUCCAAGCGCGGGGAAGCCCCCAGUAGACUCGAGGGACCCGGCUGACCUACCCUCUUGGGCCGGGGGCUGGGCUGCAUGACUCCUCCCGUACCCAAGUCACCAGGGGAGGGGUGGGGGAAGGGGAAAAAGGAGAGGAGCCUCGCCCAGGAAUCCCAGAGCGACACACCAAAGUGUGAGCCGGUGGCGCCCUCUGCUGGCAGGCGGCACCACACUUAGACCUCCUCUCCUACGGGCCCCACCCUCCUCCCACUUUGACUCGCCCCUCCGGCCCGCCCUUGAUUUCCAGUCUCUCUGGAUCCCGCCCCUCUCUCUCUCUAUUGGCUUUUGUUCUCCCUCUCUUCGUCCCUCCCACUCUCCCACUAUUACCGGGCCUGCCUCGACUGUCCGUCUCCGCUCUGGACGGCUUGUCAAUAAAGUUGUUUCUCUUUCCUCGCGCGGCUCUCUCGGCGCCCCGCCCCGCCCCUCUCGCGAGAUCCGGCGACGGUUGUGGGCGGUAUGGCUGCGGCGGCGGCGGCGGCGGCGACGGCUAAUACUCGCGGCGGCGCGAUGGUGGCGGGGCUGGCCCCGGGGCCCGACCCCUCCGCGGAUCCGGGGGAAGCCGGGCAGGGCCGGAGCCUGCGGACGGCUCACGACGUGGGAGGCCCGCGGGCGCGCACCGGGGACGUGCUGCUGGCCGAACCGGCGGACUUCGGGUCGUUGCUGCUGUCGCGGCCGGUGCUGGAGGGGCUGCGGGCGGCGGGCUUCGAGCGGCCCUCGCCGGUGCAGCUCAAAGCCAUCCCGCUGGGCCGCUGCGGCCUGGAUUUAAUCGUGCAGGCCAAGUCUGGCACUGGGAAAACCUGCGUCUUCUCCACCGUGGCUCUAGAUUCGCUGAUCCUCGAAAACCUGGCCACCCAGAUCUUGAUCUUAGCUCCCACGAGAGAGAUCGCUGUGCAGAUCCAUUCCGUUAUCACGGCCAUUGGCAUCAAGAUGGAAGGUUUAGAAUGCCACGUAUUUAUUGGAGGGACGCCUUUAUCUCAAGACAAGACCAGACUUAAAAAAUGCCAUAUUGCUGUUGGGUCUCCUGGCAGAAUUAAACAAUUAAUAGAACUUGACUACUUGAACACAGCCAGUAUCCGUCUUUUUAUUCUUGAUGAGGCAGAUAAACUUCUAGAAGAAGGAAGCUUCCAGGAACAAAUAAAUUGGAUUUAUUCCUCUCUGCCUGCCAACAAACAGAUGCUGGCAGUAUCAGCUACCUACCCUGAAUUCUUGGCCAGUGCUUUGACGAGGUACAUGAGAGACCCCACAUUUGUAAGGCUGAAUUCCAGUGACCCAAGUCUUAUUGGGUUGAAGCAGUAUUACAAAGUGGUGAAUUCACAUCCUUUGCCUCAUAAGAUUUUUGAAGAAAAGACUCAACACUUGCAAGAAUUAUUCAGUAGAAUUCCAUUUAAUCAAGCUUUGGUCUUCUCUAAUUUACAUAGCAGAGCCCAGCAUUUGGCUGAUAUCCUGUCAUCCAAGGGCUUUCCUGCUGAGUGCAUUUCAGGUAGUAUGAAUCAAAACCAACGUCUUGAUGCUAUGGCCAAACUGAAGCAGUUCCAUUGCAGAGUCCUCAUUUCAACAGAUUUGACUUCACGUGGGAUUGAUGCUGAGAAGGUGAAUCUGGUUGUAAAUUUGGAUGUGCCAUUGGACUGGGAAACGUACAUGCAUCGGAUUGGCAGAGCUGGACGUUUUGGUACUUUGGGGCUAGCUGUAACCUAUUGUUGCCGGGGAGAGGAAGAAAAUAUGAUGAUGACAAUUGCCCAGAAGUGUAAUCUUAACCUCCUCUGUUUGCCAGAUCCAAUUCCUCCUGGCCUGAUGGAAGAAUGUUUGGAUUGGGAUGUCGAAGUCAAAGCUGCCGUGUCUACAGUUGGCUCAAUUAAUGCACCCAUCCAACCUCCUAAAACCAUUCAGAAACCAGAUCGGAUCAUUCAGGCACAGAAAGCUCAGAGUAGCCAUAUGGCUCUGUCCCAGACAGCAUCAGGUCCUACAGGAAUGGUCAAAUCAAAGAAAGUUCCCAAGCAGAAACACCCAGGGAGAAGCCAUUCAGAGUAUGGAACCAGAGAAAAAGCAGAGCUCUCCAGAGGGCUAGGCUAUGCCACACAAUUGAAAGAUCCAGUAGAGAACUACAUUCAGACCCCUGUUGAAAGCUCCAGCAUCUUUCAGAACCAGGCCAGAGAAGCUUCACUUGCGACACUCCCCAAGAUCCCUUGUCUGUCUUCCUUUAAGAUCCAGCAACCCUGCAUAGAGACUUUUUCAGAAUUGGUGGAGGAUUAUGAACAUUACAUUAAGGAGGGACUAGAGAAGCAUGUAGAGAUCAUCAGGCAUUACACUGGUCCUGGGGAGCAGGCCCUGCAGCCCCAAAAUGGUUUAUUGAAAUGGAGACACACUCAAGAGAGCCCCCGGGCAUUGGUGAGCAGUGGCCGCUCGGAAGAUUCAGCGAGUGAUAGCGAUUCUGGCUGCUCACGAGCAUCGUCCCAGAGCAAAGGGAACAAGUCGUGUUUAGAAGGCUCUUCUGACAACCAGGUGAGAGAGAGUGAGCUGGCCUCCAUGACCGGCCAUGCUUCUCCUGAUCAUCCCUUGAAUCGAAGUGAAACCCCGAGUGUGGAGGAAAGCCAGGAAGUUCUUCAUAUCCCUAUGAAGGCCCUGGGGAGGGAGGAUGGAUCUAACCAGACCUCGAAGCGCAGCCGGAAAAGCGUUCCCAAGCGGGCACCCCACCAGCUGCAGUGGGAGCCUCAGGAGGAGAGCUGGUGCGAUCAUGCUGGGGAGCAGCCUCCGGUGUUCCCCACCAAUCCUCAGAGUUACGAGGAUUACUGGAGAUCUUGCUACUGGGCCUGGCAGGAAUACUAUGCGGCGGCUUCGCAGUCCUAUAGCUGGAACGCCAAGAGACACUCCGAUUGGAUGGCAGCCUAUCACAUGAACACCAUCUAUCUUCAGGAGUUAAUGCGGGGUGGUGACCUGUGAAACCUCAAGUGGUACCUCUGGGGGACUCUGUCCUAUAGGGUGGACUGUAAUGGCAUUUUGGAGGAACUUUAAAAGGCUUGAGGUUCUAUGAAAUGCUUUUUAUUCUUCAGGUUGGUUUGUAUCAGGUGAGGUACUAUUUCCUCUUUCUCUUUUGGGAAAGUUCACAGAUUUAGGCUCUGAAAAAGAGAACUUUGGGUAUAGAGUCUUAGUGCAUCAUUUUCUCACCAUUCUUUUCACUGUCCCCCUUAAAAAUAAACUAAACAUAGUACCAUACCAUUCCUUAUUUAAAACACUCCUAAAAUAUCACCACCUGCUCCCAAGGAAACAUCCAACUGAGAUGUAAAUAUUAUGACUUCAUAUAGGGGGAAAAAUGGUUCUAAUCAGAUUGAAUUUCCAUAGCGAUAACACGAAAACUAGCUUUUUUUUUUUUUUUUGGAUCAAGAACACCUUCCCUUUUAAAUUGAAUUAAGUAGGGAUUUUUAGUAGAGAUGUUUCUUUAAACUUUGUAAAAGCCCAGACAGGAAAGAUACUAUUUAUUUACGUAAAAUGAGUUUCUAAAGUUUUGGCAUGUUCACCUGCCAUGUUUUCACUGUAAACUUUUCAAAUGUCUCUUCCCAGUGAAGAAGCUGGUAAUUUUGCAGAAUGGGAGAUGCCUUACUGGUCAUCUUCCCAUUUCUGCUAAAAGAAGACAAUCAAAAUGAAUUUUUAAUUUUUUGGUUCUUCAAUACCUCAUGGAGGAUACCCUUUAUUCUGCCCUUUCUGCCUUCAUACAGUGUCCUAGAUGCUCCUCUCAGUGGACCUUUUCUGGGAGGAAAAAGUUAUUUUCCUGGUUACAAAAUGUUAUAUUCUAAAAUUGUGCCUAUUCAAUAGACAAGUCACUAGAAGUUAGAACUUGCUUUCAUUUGUGUUUCUUUUCUGGUGUGGCUGGCCCCUCCAAGGAAAACCUUGAUUCUUUGGAAGAAAAGAGACCCAAGAUUUAAGGGACCAAGGUUGGUUUUUCAGAAAGUGUUGCUAUUGGGAAGGCUAGGCAACACAAGUACUGUUACUCCUUUGUUGUCAGCAGAAGCCCCCCCCUCCUUCCACCUUUCUCCCUCUCCCCUCCCCCCUCCUCCAGUAAUCAUCAUUUAUUGUCAAAACACCUACACAACCAUGGUCCUGAACUUGACUUAAUGCCGUCUGCUUCCUAUUCUGAAGUUGAGCAAUGGGAGGCUUUACUUUUCUCUCUAUAUGGUACUGCCAAGUGAGGAUGAAUUAAUUAAAACUAUGUAAAUAGCAAUUCCAUAAUUAGGUCCAGUCUGCCAUACAGUGGUAAAGAUUUUAAUUACAUAGCAAAGAAAGAUCCUGUCAUUGCACCUUACCUUUGCCUUGCCAUGUCCCAUUUGUUACCCCUUUCCCUUGCCCUCCCCCGGCCCCCCAAUACAGCCAAGUUAGCAGCCUGUCAUUGCCAGGGAAUUUUAAUUAGGAUGCCACUGCAUCUUAAUUAGAAAUGAAAUUGCCCAUUAGUCCUGAAAUUAAUUGGAUUCUCUUUAGGUUUGUCUGUUACUCUGUGUUUGUUAUUUUUUAAAUUGGAAAAUAAGCCAGAGAUGAGCACAUCUUUAUUACCAGAGACUAGUCUGAGGAAAGAAGCUAAACAUGAAAUACAUUUUCUUUUUCACGAACAUUUGUGAGAAAAAAAUUUGAAAUUGUACUUCCUCAGCAAAUACAGCCAAUUGGGUUCGCUUGUAAGGCGUUCUCGUCAUAAAAAAUGUUUUUAGUUCAGGAUUGACAUCUGACUCUAAAGUUGCUAGACAUUUUUAGAAAAUUCUGGGUAUGGAAGAUGAGGUGUAAGUACUGAUGAGGAAAAAUGCUGUGACUUGGUGGGAAGAAUGCUAGCCAGACUGACCAUCUGAACUUGGUUCUAAAACUGCAAAAUGAGGCCAGUGGACGAGAUGAUCUCAGAGUAUGUGUGGUUCUGUAACUAAAGGGAAAGGUUAUGCGGGCUGGGAGGUAGGAAUGAGUCACAUUAGUAAGUUUACUAAUUCAGACUGGUUCAAGAUAGAGACCAAUUUGAACUGGCAAAAGGUCUAUAGUGGAGUCUUAUAAAAGUGUUUUGGUUAUAAGUUCUUGUACCAAGAAUACCUCAGCUUAGGUUGAUAGUAACACAGGUUUUGUUCUUUUAGACGAUUGCUUUAUUAAAUAGGCGAAUGUGAUGUUUUAAGAGUUUAUUUUCUAAAUUGGGUUACAUAUUUUUCAUUCUGGUUAUACCAUCAAUUUGCUUCAGUUACCCUCAUUUUAAAAAAUAUGAGAAAAGGUGAGUUCUAGUAUAGUUGCAAUUUAGAUUGUAUUGUAUUUCAGUCCCACCUUUGUAGGCAGGGAAGUAGUUUGGUUUUCUCAAAAAAUACUGAUAGGGUCCACAAAUUUUGGAAUGUUUAUUGGCCCAUUGCCCUGAUAUCCACGCAUACCAUAAUGAAAAUUGUAUUGAUUACUGUUGUUGAUGUCUAUAGAGAGCUAUAGGGCUAGGGUGACACCUAGUGGAUGAUAAGAGUCAGAGCAGCCAUUCUCUGGCUGUGAAAGGUAAAUAGCAUAGUCUAGCUACUGGGGCCUUUUGAUCCCCUCUGAUAUUUGUCCUAAAGUGUCUUAUGCCAUUUCCAAUGACCAAAAAUCUUGCUGCUGUAUAACGGUGACCAUUUUAUGAGGAUUUCCUUUGAACUUUUUGAUAAUUGUGGCAGCUGCCUGUUCUAUAACCAUUUCCUUAGCAAGUAAUUCAUUUUGAACUUUUUUUUUUUGUAAUUGAAGGGAUCUUGAUUUAGUGAUUUUAUUUCUUUCUAGCAAGGCUCAGAUUUGUAGCUAGAGGGCAGAAUUAGGACAAUUAGAAAUUGCAGAGAAGCAGAUUUUUAGCUCAAGGAAGAACUUGAAAAUAGCAGUGCCAGAAUUGCUGUUUUAAGUGGUGAGCACUCUGACUAAAAGUAUUCAUGCAAGCAGCUGGAUGGUUAUCUCGGGAUUCUGUAGGAGCAUUCUAGUCCUGAUCAGGAUGAUGGUGCAUUAGAACUCAAAGCUCUUAGAGGUGAUCUAAGCCAAAUUCCUCAUCUUUUAUCUCCCAGUUUCUGAAGUUCAAGUGAGAAAAUAUUGAUAAAGGGCUUGGUACAGAUCUGGGCACGUGUGUUAGCUGCUCCUGUUCAAGGUUUAAGUAAAGUGGAUUAUAAAGGAGCUAGAUGGGUGUCCAUCUUUGUCAUCUCACAGAUGACAGAACAAGAAGUCCCAGGAGGAGGUGCAUUCAUCCUGCCUUAGGAAAGAGCGAGCCAAGGUCUGGAUCUAAGCUCCCCUCCAGGGAGGUUGGACUAGACGAUCUUUAAGGUCUCUUCCAACCACAUGGUUCUAAUGGGACAAAAGGGACAUUAGUUAUAACUUCUCUUGUGGGCCAUGGUAGAAGUAGAAAGCCGGAGGACAGUAAGCACACAGCAUCACUUUGGGGUUUGUGGCACAUAACGCCAUUUAAUCCAGAUUGGAUACAUCAGGUACAGCAGUGGCACACGACUUGGUACUGUCAAUGAUAGACACACUUUUAACAUAUGCACUACAAUUUUCAAAGAGAAGACAACAGGAAACUCAAGAACUUGUGUUUUAGAAAGUUGUUUUCAGAUGAAGUCUGAAUCUUCCUGCAGUUUUGUACAGUGCGUUUCUGUCUCUGCCAUUGUGACGUUGGUAAGCAAAGCCCAUUUAUUAUACGAAAAUAGAGAAGACCGUACGUGAUGUUUCUCACAAUAAACAUUAACAAAGGGGGUGGGGGGACCUCUAAAGAGAACAUUGCAUUGGAAUGUCUGAUUAUCAAAAAUAUACCAACCCUCCCUCUUCCCCCAGCCCCAACUUUGUAAAAUAGUCCCUUGGUUCAAGGAAUCUCCUGGGACUGAGAUUAUCACCCUUCACCAAAUGGAGUGAUUCCCACUCCAGAUAGGUAAGUGAUUUGCUGAGACAAAGGCCAGUCCCAAACUUGGUGAGAAAGACACAUAAUGAAACAAGACUAAAGAAGAACCUCUUUAAACCACUUUUUUUGAUAGUCCUUUUCUCUAAUGAGCCUUUUCCUAAGGGUCAUCACAAUGCUUUUCCCUCUUAAAUCAUCAUGGAACACUCUGCAAAUGAUGAGGUUCUCCACAAAGAAGCCCCAAAGGAAAAAAAAAAGCCUAUCAAUUCCCUGCUUGGCCAUAUUCACAGUGCCAUUUAGUUGGGUGGGAUUGGAUAUUUGGCUAUGCUAGGUAAAUGCUUUUAAUAUUUUUUAAAAAAUCCUUAUGCAUAACCAACCUCACAGUUAUCUGGUUACAGGGGACAGGGGAGCUGGGAUCACUGGAAUCUACAGAGAAUCUUAAAACUUAAUUUUGACCCAUGCUUUGAA